AUGGAAGUCAUUGGAGAAGUUAGAAAUCAAUUUAGAAAAUUAAUUUCUAUUAUAAUAUUGCAUGCCGGCCUUACCGUUAUUAUGGUAUGUGCCCUUUAUAAUCAUUUGGUAACGAAUCUCUAUGAUAAAAAUAAGAAUAUUACUAAUAAUAAGAAUAAGAAAAAUAAUAGUAAUAAUGAAGAAUUAGAAUCGAAUAUAAUUCCACAUGACGAUGAUUUUAAAAAUCAACAUAAUAUUCCAUUAAUCAACGAUAGAGAGCAUGAUAUAUUGAUUCCUGCAUUAUCCUUCUAUUACAAUAAACUGAAUAUUAUCGUCGAAGAGUUUCAGGUGAUGACACCAGAUGGUUAUCCACUGGAAUUAUGGCAUUUAAAAGACAUGAAUAUCCCAGCCUCAACAAAUAAAAAACCUAUGUUGUUCAUUCAUGGACUACUGCAAAGUAGUGCCUCCUUUGCAUCUGGUGGUGAAAAUUCUUUAGCCUACUAUUUCAACCAAAAUGGUUUCGAUAUCUGGUUAGGUAAUAACCGUAUUGGGUUCGAAUAUGAAACUGAAAAGAAUCGAAACGAUAAGAAUUAUUGGAAUUGGGACAUGAAUGAAAUGUACAAGAUAGAUUUGCCAGUCUUGAUUGACUUCGUUCAAGAAAAAACAGGCUACGAAAGGAUUCAUCUUGUCGGGCAUUCUCAAGGCACAGCAGAGAUUUUCCUAGCUCUCAUCAAUAAUGUGGAAGACAUCAGAUCUAAAGUCGACACCUUCAUAGCCUUGGCUCCUGCUUGUUAUCCUGGUCCGUUAAUACUCAACGAUUCUAAAAUUUUGAAGAUUAUGGCAAAAACUAUAGAUAACCCACUUGUCUUUGGUAAUAAAUCGUUUGUCAAAAUAAUGAUGUUGACAAGACAAUGGUUUCUUGGCACAAAAUUCUUCGGCUUUAUCUGUUACUUGUUCUUUUCCUAUGUAUUCGAAUGGGAUGAUAAAUUAUGGGAAAGGGGUAAAACUGCAACACAUUUUAUGUUCUCUCCUGUCUAUGUCUCUGUCAAAUUAAUGCAGUGGUGGCUAAGUCCAGAUCCUAAUAAAAUAUCAUUUAUUCAACACUCUUCAACCUUAUUGUUUCCUGAAAACAAAAGAUGGUUCGAUUUUACAAAUAGUGAAGAAGAUUUAUUUCCAAAGAUUUUAUUGGUUGUACCACAUAGGGAUAAAUUGGUUGAUGGCUUUAGGUUAAUCGAUCACUUUAAUAAGUGCGAAGAUCCUAGAAUAUUUAAAUACUGGAUAUUCGACGAAUAUUCGCAUUUGGAUGUUUUAUGGGCAACAACCGUACAAGAAAGAGUCGGUAAACCUUUAGUAGAAGCAUUAAAAUCAUUCAGUCCAUAA